UCAAGCUUUUCCGCCUCCGCCGCCGGAAGUUAUUGCGUGCGUCGUGACGCCUCCACCAACACAAGCCCGCCCGCUUCAAACAUGGAGGCGGUGGCUCCACGUGUGUCCGCGCUGUCGGUCUACAAGACUUUCCUCCAGUCGCCAGGGCGGCCGCCGAGCCCAACACGCCGCGUGGCUAUCUCAAUCGGACCCCGAGGCCGCCAGAAGCGCCCCAGUAAGAAGAAAGCAGGAGCCGGGGGUAUGCAGGGGGCAGCAGAGGCAAAGAAGCAGAGGCUGGGUUUGAAGCCUGCGUCGCCCUUGCGGGGAAAGAAGAACAAAAAGGUGAUGGGACUUCAAUUCCCAGAAGCCCCAGCCAGUUUGUCCGGCAGCCAGGAACUCUGGGAAAUGAAGUCCAAAACACCCGAAGGGGCAGGGCUUGAGAAUGACAAGGAAUGCUCCCUGAGGCGGAAGAAGCGUGUGAGGUUUCAACUCCCAGAAGCUUCAGCAAGGCAGGAAUUCUGGGAAAUGAAGUCCAAAAAAUCAGGGGAAGUGCUUAAGCGGCAUAAAAGAAACCCCUUAAGGCGGAAGAAGGGCUUAGGACUUCAACGCCCAGAAGUCCCAGCCAGCCUGGCCAAUGGCAAAGCAUGCUGGGAAAUGAAGUCCAAAAAAUCUGAAGGGGAAACGCUGGAGAAGUGCAAGGGAUGGUCAUUGAGGCGCCUCCUCAAGGACUUGGAGAAGGUCCCUCACAGCCGCAAGCAGGCCGGCAAGCUUUUUGAGUGGGUCCUGGCUCCCAUUCCCCCUCAGGACUUCUUUGACCAAUAUUGGGAGAAGAAGCCCCUCCUGAUCCAGAGGCACAACCCAAGAUAUUAUCGAGAACUGUUCUCCACCGCUGAAUUCGAUGCCAUCCUUCGUGACCAGGAUGUCCAGUUCGGCGUCAACUUGGACGUGACCAGCUACCAGGAUGGGAAGCGGGAGACGCACAACCCGGUGGGCAGGGCUCUGCCGGCAGUCGUCUGGGACUUCUACCAGAACGGAUGCUCCCUCCGGAUGCUGAACCCACAGGCCUUCUCCUCCACCGUCUGGCAUUUCCUCUCCAUCCUCCAGGAGCUGUUCAGCAGCAUGGUGGGAGCCAACACUUACUUGACCCCGGCUGGGACGCAGGGAUUUGCCCCUCAUUACGAUGACAUUGAAGCUUUUGUGAUCCAGCUGGAAGGGAAGAAGCAUUGGAGGGUGUACAGCCCCAGGAGGGAGGCCGAAGCGUUGCCUCCGUUUUCCAGUCGCAACUUCGACCAGAUGGAGAUUGGAGAGCCCAUUCUGGAAACAGUGUUAGAAGCCGGGGAUAUGUUAUAUUUCCCACGUGGGUUCAUCCAUCAAGGCGAUUGCCUCCCCGACGCACAUUCGCUCCAUAUAACAGUUUCCUCCUACCAGCGAAAUAGCUGGGGGGACCUGCUGGAAAAGCUCCUCCCUGCAGCAUUACAGAUGGCCAUCGAAGAAGAUGUGGAAUAUCGCCAAGGGCUGCCUAUGGAUUACCUGGAAUACAUGGGAGUCCUAAACUCGGAUCGUGUUGAUCCACGCCGAGCUUCCUUUAUGCAAAAGAUCAGUCGGUUGAUAACAAAACUAACAGAUUAUGCUCCAGUUGAUGCUGCCGUAGACCAAAAAGCAAAGUGCUUUCUUCACGAUUGCCUUCCUCCAGUGCUGACUGAGAGUGAAAAGGCGUUAAGCGUAUAUGGUCACCCAGCACGGUGGGAAGAUGGAAAUGUUCGAAAUGCUGAUGUCCAGGUCAAGGGAACGACACGGAUACGGCUGCUUCGGCAUGGGAUUGUCAGACUGUGCAAUGAAGGAGAUGCUGUUCUGCUGUAUUACACAACUGAAAAUUCAAGGGUGUACCACAAGGAGGAGCCCAAGUCCUGUGAAAUAGAACCCGAAUAUGCAGAGAGCAUUGAAUUCUUGCUAUCCUCAUAUCCCAAGUUUGUCAGUGUGGAAGCGCUUCCUUGUGCUACUCUGGAUGACAAGAUUGCCUUGGCCUCUGUUUUAUUUGAGAAAGGACUACUGACUACUAAGAGCCCUCUACUGUCUGCUUGAUGUGCUAUAGAUGAUAAGAAAAGUUAGAGCAUUUUUCUCCUAUACUUACUAGUAGAUUUAAGAUACUCAUCCAAAUCUUUGAGAAGCUCCUGCGUGGCAACUGAGUUUGAUCUGGAGAAACAAAUGUAAACUUCGUUUCAAAAAAAAAGAAAUACUGUAACACCACCUGCACAUUAAACAUUGGUCAUUAUUUUUGUAUUUGAGUUGCAGGCCAAAAUAAGCCACUGAUGAAUUUCAUAUUAAUAAAGCUUAUAAUACAUUUUAGACUAUUUAUACAGCAGGCCCUUAGUCUCUGCUGGGCUUUGGUUCCAGGACCCUCUGUGGAUACCAAAUCUGUACAUGUUGAAAUCCCAUUAUAUACAAUGGCAUAGUAAAAUGUCCCUUUCUCUUCUAUAAAAUUGCGAAA